GGGAGUGGGAGAGAAAGCCUGCGAGUUUUGAGAACAGAGGAUUCAUUCCGCAGUCAACAAUGGCGAAACACGAGGAGCUUCCGGUUCCGAUUUACUCCUCCCUGGAGCCCGUCUACGGCGAAGCAUCUCAGCUUGAGGAAGCUGAGCUCCGAUUCAACAAUUUGAAGGCCAAGUUCCAACAAGUCUUCGGCCACGCUCCUGAUAUCUUCGCUCGGUCUCCAGGAAGAGUGAACUUGAUCGGAGAACAUAUUGAUUAUGAGGGGUAUUCUGUGUUGCCGAUGGCAAUCCGGCAAGAUACUAUUGUGGCGAUCCGUAAGCGCGGUGCAGAAGAGGAGAAGCUUCUCCGAAUUGCUAAUGUCAAUGACAAGUACUCCAUUUGCACUUAUCCUGCUGAUCCUAACCAGGAAAUUGACUUGAAAAAUCACAAAUGGGGUCACUAUUUCAUUUGUGGGUAAGAUGUUAGAUUACAUCCUUCAUGUGGUUUUUCUAGUUGCUUUUUGAUGUGAAGACUGCAUUACCUUGUGAUUUUAUAGUAAUUGGACUUGUUUUUACAAAUAUGCAGCCUUUCCCUAUACUUUGUGUUUUCCAUAAAAAAUUAUCCUCAACAUCAAGUAUUUUAUUGUUUGGAAGAACCUUUUGUUGAGAAAGUGUAAAAAACUGCAGCACAUUUA